UGGUUAAAUUGACUCGAAAACAUUGAAUCUGAAGGUUUGUCCCCAAGAGUCAAGCGAUUGACUAUUGUAUCUGUACUGUUGUUACCGCAUUUCGGAUGACUACCAGCCACUCCGCUCCCAGCAUGUUGAUGAGCGUCCUCUUGUUGAGAUGGUCAGAGGUCAUUGAACUUCUAGGAUUGUUUUGACUGGAAAUUCCACAGUUACAAGUAAUAUGUUUUGCGUCCCUUUUUACGUUUCAAGUAGGCCACUACUGUGUUUAUCAAGACGUUUGGUGUUUAGAGCACAAGCCCAAAUAGUGCCAUUCCGCACAUUUUGUCUUGUUGGUCCAGAUACCAGUAACAAAUUGAAUCUGUCACGAAGACAUUGCCCACCGUAUGUGUUCAUCCCAACAACGUCAACUAUGGGAAGAGGUUUGUCCUCCACAUCAGAAGCUGACCCGCCACCCAUGGCCAUGGCUGAAUUCCCAGAACCCCACGCUGAUGAUGAAGAGGACGGCUUGAAAAAGAAGAAGAAGAAACAGCGAGUCACAAUGGGGAGCAUAGGGAGAAAAAUACAUCAUAAAAUUCUACAUCUUCUAGACGAGAACGGGGAUAGUUUGGGACCUACACAUAGAGCAGAGGCCAUCAGAUUAGCAGAAUGGAAGAAAUUAAAACUGAUUCCGGUGAACUUAAAUGCUCAACCAGACCCAGUGUAUAAACUGAUGUCUGGACAGGAACUUCUUAAAGAACGGAUUCGAUUAGAAGAGAAAGAAAAGGCUAAGAAAAAGCCAACAAGUAUGAAAGAAGUUAAGUUUUCAGGGAACAUAACUGAUCAUGAUCUUGAAAACAAGAAAAAGCAAAUCCAAGCAUGGCUUCAUAAGAAACAUCAUGUGAGGGUAACUAUUUUCAACGAAAGAAGAAAGCUACAAACUGAUUGGGAAAGUAAGGAGAAAUUGAUUGAGCAGAUUUUGGAAGAUGUAAAAGAUGUAGCAAUAUUAAAUUCCAAAGCAAAAGCCUUUGGCAAAGAUGGACAAGAUCUACAGUGUAUGUUACGACUCAUGUCAGUCAAAGAGAAAGCACAAUACAAGAAAAACAUUAAAGAACAGGAGGAACAAGUAAAAGAAGUUGAGAACAAUACAUGUGACGAUGUUCCAAAAUGAACACUGGCGUACAUUG